GAUCCUAGGUUCAAUCCCUGGUCAGAAAUAAAAAGAGAAAGAAAAAAAGAAUCCAAAGGAUCCUAAGAGUCCUUCUGAUGCUCAGGAGGGCUGGAAAGGCCAAAUCUAACCGUUGAGUGACAUUGGGGAGCAAGUCGCUUCUCCAGAGGGCAUGUUUGGGUUUUCGACUCUGUGCCGUCGUGGGUGUGGAGUGGCCCACACAGUGGAACAGGUGCACCUGUGCAUGUGUGAAAUGGUGUUGGGCCAGGUGCACGCAAGUGAAGUCCCCUGUGUUUCUGUGUGCGGUGCCAUGCGUUUGGCUGAGUUCUUAACUAAGUUUGGUGGCUUUGAAGGAGUCCCUCAGACUUUCCGUAGCCUGAAUUUCCUCCCUUUUUCAGUUAGUAAGUUUUAGUGGUUGAGUCCUAAGUUCUCUUCCAGCCCUGCCGUGCUCAGUCCCCAACAUGAGCCUGGGGACUUCUACUAGUUUUACUGUCUAAUUUGGUUUCUAUGUCUCUUUCCUGUGGGCCACUCCACACAUCAGCUUCUAUGACUGAGUUGUCACUGAGGAGCUGGAAUUUGGCUUUUUUGAAAUAGUGUGUUACUCACUGGAAAUGCAGGAAGCUUGAGCAUGCAACUCACUCUUAAAAAAAAAAAAAAACAGCAAGAAACCACAGGCCCUAUCUGCCUGUCGUCAUCAAGCAGACUAGAAUAGUGCAGAAAACCCUAGGCAGAGAGGAAAUGAACUUGAGAGAAGGAGGAACGCAGGCAGAGAAGAGAGAAGAGAGGAGGGCGGGAGCCACCGCAGAAGAGAGCUGGAGGCUGGACGGCGAUGGUCAGGAUGGAGGAGGUGGCCGUGAAGCAGGGCCUUCUGCAUCUCCAGCAGCAGCAGACUUUUGGCAAGAAGUGGCGCCGGUUCUCAGCUGUGCUGUAUGGGGAGUCCGGCUGCGCCCUGGCCCGGCUGGAACUCCAUGAAGGCCCGGAGAAGUUGCGCCGAGGAGAGCCUGCCCGGAAGGUCAUCCGCCUCAGUGACUGCCUGCGGGUGGCUGAAGCGGGUGGGGAGGCCAGCAUCCCCCGGGACACCAGUGCCUUUGUCAUGGAGACCAAGGAGCGCCUGUACCUGCUGGCAGCACCCAGUGCAGAGCGGGAUGACUGGAUGCAGGCCAUCUGCCUCCUGGCCUUCCCUGGGCAGCGGAAGGAGUCCUUGGGGCCAGGGGAGAAGGGUGGCUGGCCCCACAUGGAGGAGAACGAACUGUAUGGCAGCUCUGCCACAGGGGUCUCCUGCAAGGAAUUUGCUGUGACUGUGAGACCCACAGAAGCCAGUGAGCGGUGCCAGCUCCGGGGAGCCUAUACGCUUAGGGCUGGGGUGAGCACCCUGGAGCUGUGGGGUGGCCCCGAGCCAGGCACCCAGUUGUAUGAGUGGCCUUACAGGUUUCUGCGGCGCUUUGGGCGGGACAAGGUGACCUUCUCCUUUGAGGCCGGCCGGCGCUGUGUGUCUGGAGAGGGAAACUUUGAGUUCGAGACCCGCCAAGGCAAUGAGAUCUUCCUGGCUCUGGAAGAGGCCAUCGCUGCCCAGAAGAAUACUGCCCCGCCUGGGCCCCCACUUGUGCCAGGCACAGCACCUGUAGGGGCCACCAUGUUUUCCCGGCCCGAGAGCCCCUACUCCCAGCCCCACGACUCACUCCCACCGCAGCUGUCGCCCAGUGCUCGGGCACAGCCUGGCAUACGGCCCCCUGAGGGCGAGUACGCCGUGCCCUUUGAUGCGGUGGCCCGCUGUCUGAGCGAAAGGCUACCAGGCAUCCUGGCAGGCCCUACCCCGCUCCCUGCAGACCCUUUGUAUGACAGCAUUGAGGAGCCCAGACCCCCCGCGCCCGACCACAUAUACGAUGAGCCUGAGGGUGUGGCCACCCUGUCCCUGUAUGACACCCCACAGGAGUCGCUGGGGCAGGCAUGGAGGAGGAAGGCUACAGCAGAUGGGGGCCCUGGUGUGCCCCAGAAGGACUUCUCUGUAUCUUGCUGGCCACAGGGGACUGAGUACGACAAUGUUGUACUUAAGAAAGCCCCCAAGUGAAGGGGCGUCAGGGAGAUAGGACCAUGUUGCCAUGUACCAUAUGGAGGGGCCAGAGGCCAGGAGGAGGUGGUGUGGGGCGUUCUGCUGGGGAGUCUUCUGGCUACUGCCAGGGACCCCUCCCUUUGCCUCUUCCGGAGCCCCAGAGCCUGAUGGACUGUCCCUCCCAGAGUCCUCUGGGUGAGUCACCAGCCCAGAGCAGGAAGCGUGCCUGAAGAGACCCACCCUCCUCCUACUUCUUUUCCACUUCCUCCUCUCUUUCCUGGCCCUAAAGGGAGCCUGGUCAUUUAGGGCAGAAGACAAAUCGUGUCCACAGGUCACCCUGGUUGAUGUCCCCUUCUGGGAACAGCCCUGGUCUCAGGCCCUAGGAGGGUGGCUGCAGCUUUCUGCAGGUUUCAGAUUUCUGUGU